CAACUUUUAAUUAUAAGUUUAAUUAAGUUGGCAUUUUAAUUUUUUUUAAAAAUAUUAACAAAGGUUUUGGGCCUAUUUUUCCAACUAAUGGCCCAAUAGAAAAAAAUCAAUGGGCCCAAGCCCAAAGUUCCGAUGAUAUUCGAUUUUCCCCCAAAUCUCAGCAAAGGGUAUUACAGUCAUUGCGAAAAAAAGAAACCCAAUCUCCACACCGCCAUGGCUUCUUCUCUUCACUCCACAUUUCUCAAAUCCCAAAUCUCAAUUCCGAUCCCCACCUCCACCGCUACAGCCGCGGUCGCCGUUUCCUUUCGAGUACGCUGCGGCCCACGGGACAACCGAGGACCAUUAGUGAAAGGCAGAACCCUAAGCAUCGAAGCAAUCCAAGCGAUUCAAUCCCUAAAACGGGCCGAGAGAUCCGACCCGACGAAGCUCCAACAAGUCCUCUCCACUACACUCUCCCGAUUGCUCAAAGCCGACCUCGUCGCCACCUUAAAGGAGCUCCUCCGGCAGGAACGAUGCGCCCUAGCCUUGGAGGUUUUCGCCGUAAUCAGAUCAGAGUACCGCGCCGAAUUGGGGCUGUACGCGGAGGUGGCGGCGGCGCUGUCGAGGAACGGAGCGGCGGAGGAAAUCGACCGACUGGUUUGCGAUUUAGACGGCAGAGAUGGAGUAAUCGAGUGGGGGGAUGACGAUAAGGGUUUGAUUAAGUUGAUUAAGGCGGUGAUUAGUGGGAAUAGAAGGGAAUCGACGGUGAGGAUUUAUCGAAUGAUGAGGAGGAACGGUUGGGGAUCGAUGAUUAAAGGUGAUGAUUAUAUGAUUAAGGUUAUGAGUAAGGGUUUAAGGAGGGUUGGGGAAAUAGAAUUAGCUGAUGAGAUAAAUAGGGAAUUUCAAGACUUAGUGGGGAGUUUAUGAAAAUUUUGUAUAAUGUUUGAUUAUUACAAUUUAUUAUUUCUAUUUAGUUUGGAUUUA